CCACCCGCUCACUGCUGUCUGAGACCUCCACCCAGCCAAGUCUCUCUGUGCCCUCUUUCCAGCCACUGCUGUCUGAGCCCUCCACCCGCUCACUGCUGUCUGAGCCCUCCACCCGCUCACUGCUGUCUGAGCCCUCCACCCAGCCACCGCUCACUCUAUUCUCACAACCACAAGAAAUCCUGACUCUUCAUGAUGAACCAUCACUCUCUCCUUCAUCUGCACAAGAACCAAUCAUUAUUCUUGAUGAACAAGAUGAGACUGUUUCACAAAAUCAGUCUCCUGUAUCAACACAUGACCUUGGAGGACCUGUGGAUGAGACUGAUCUACAGACCAUAUUGAAAAAAAUGGUCAGCAAAGUUGAUGGAAGCUUCUGUCCAACAAGCAACCAAAUAAAUGUGUGCAGGGAUAAUGUUUUACUGUGUAGCGUGCGGGCAUUCAAGCGUAGGUUCUUCAACCCUGAAGCAAAAUUGGAUGUUGUCUUUGUGGAUGAAGAUGACAAUGGUGAAGGAGCAGUUGACGAAGGCGGCCCAACAAGAGAGUACCUAAGGCUGUUGAUGAGGGCUGUCCACCAGUCAAAUAUCUUUGAGGGACAUGAGAAAGACCGACAGUUGUCUCUUGAUACUCAAGCUUUGCAGACUAAACUUUACAUGUGGGUGGCAAAAAUGAUUGCUGUGUGUGUGGUCCAUGGAGGAGUCGGUCCACAUUUCUUUUCCGAAAGGCUUUUCCAUCAAAUCUGUGGGAUACCAACACGCCCGGCCACGGUGGAUGAAGUUGGUGACCAUACUUUCAGGGAACAAUUAAUAAAAAUACAGGAAGCAACAACGGUCCGAGAGGCGAACGGUGCAAUUGCAGAGGCAGCAGAUAGUCUCAGCAUUAUAGGUGCCUUAAGACAUGUGUCCAGCCUGGAGGAGAAGGACUCCCUUGUCCAGUCAGCUGCAGACUUCUUUGUCAAUGGAAGAUUGGCGACUGCCCUGGACCAGUUUGUUGAGGGGUUAAAAACCCUUGGUUUACUGGAGGAGCUGAGGAAGAAUCCAGCAGUGUUCUACAACAUGUUUGUCAGUGAGGAGAUUCCACUACAGGCGAAGGACCUAUGCACUUUAUUUGACGUGGACUUCUCUGCGCAAGGCAGCAACAGGAGAGCACGAGAAAACAUGACAAUAUGCUUUUGGCGUGACUGGUUAAUUGAUAUUGAAGAAGGAGAAUGCAGUCCAGUCACCCUAGAGAAGGUAUUGGAGUUUACAUCUGGAGCUUCAACAAGUGCCUCCACUGGGAUUUCCACACCGUCCACAAAUUCAGUUCCUUCAUGA